CAGUGAGGAGCAUUAUGGCUCCCAGGAAAGGUGGAUGGAGUUCAGCACAGGAGAAGGAAGCCUGUGAGCACAGGGUCCCAUGGUUUGGUGGGCUGAAGAGCUGUUGUCUUGUCUGUGGCCUCUUGGCUGUAGAACAGGCUCUCUUGCUUUUUUGACAGGUGUGCCAGUGUUAAUUCUUCCCAUAGUUAAUUCUUUCCCAUAGUGAAAGAAAUCAACAAAAGCCACCUGAAAGUCCAUCUGCUGCUGCUUCCACUUUUGCACCAGCAUUUGAGAUCACAGUGUAGUGUGUAUGAAAAGCCAUAUGUGGGCAAGACAGAACAAGGAUCUGCUGCAAGAUCAGAAUUGAGUUGUGUCCCUGGAGUCACUUGAGAUCUGAGGCUGUCAAAACUUAGGUCAAAACCAGGCUUUUAGCUAAUGUUAAUCUGAUGAUGAAGCCAGAUCUAAUCCUGGUAAUUAAAAACAAACCCCAAACCUUGAUUCCAUGGAUGAAGUAGAAUUCAUUGAAGAGGAGGGAGGCUUCUCUGAGCAUCACUCCCUUUUUUGUUCUGCCACCAGUGAAGUGGUGCUCUAUCAUUAGCCCAUUUUAGGAAUUUUUUUUCAGUAACUAUUCUUGCUUUCCCUUGGACUUCCUGCAGCCUUUACUACUGUUUUUCCUGCCGAGUUUCUCCUUCCUUGCUUUCUUCUUUUAUAUAGAAACAUCUCUGCCAUACAAAUACCUGCAUUUGUGGUAGCAAUCUUAAGGGACACCUCUCUGCCCCAGAACAUCAGUUGCUCCUUUGGACUCGCCAUGCAUCUAUAGAUGAUGGUUCUGUUGCUUUCAUUAUGUCCUUGGAUAAGGAAGCUCUGUUGCAUUUUACUCUUGCUUUGAAUUGCUUCAGUAACGCUUAAACCAGUCGCAACAAGGGGUUAUUAACUUGAAAUUUAACAGUGGAAGAUGAUAGGAGGAAAAUAAGUAUAUUUCUUUCCUAGAAGCAAGUUGAAAUCAUGGGUUUGUAAUAAUAUACCACUGCAUAUCUGAUGAUCCAGGGUCCCCAAGUGGGCUUCAACCCUUGAACAGGCAAAGUUUUAUGACACUAAAGGUUAGUCCAUUUCAGAAAUACCUGAACUUGAGUAAACAGUCUGGCUCCUCUGACAUUUGCAUUGAGUCUGCACCAUACAGAAGGAUAAUAGUAGCUGGCCUGCUGUUUUGACAGAAUUAUGCUCUUUAAACUGGUUACCAAUGCUUGUGUAACUCAACACUGUUAGCACAAGUGUAUGAGUGUUUUUAUUUGGACUCUGAUGGAGUGCUUUAGGGAAGUGCUGUCUGCUCUAGAGUAAAGAGGUUGUUUCCAUGACCUUUCUCACAGUGAGAGGAUGUUUUUAGCAAUAGCUAAUCCUGUGAAUCUGAUAUGAAAUGAUUCUGUGAGCAGAGAGCACAGUAAAUUGUCAUGUUUACACAAACAAUUUUUGGUCAGUUUUCUUAAAACAUUCUCUGCAAUUCUUGCAAUGAGCCUGGUGUAGCAAGUUCCUUAGUCAAAGCAAAAUACUGACAAUUAGAAUUUUAAAUCAGAUUCUGUAGUUUUUACUUACAUUGCUUCAACAGUCUGGUUUAAUAACCAGCUCAGCUGCUUUGCCGUCUUAUUCUGAAUGAAAGUCAAAAGCUGUAGCUCUGUCACAGGAUAAAAGUACUGUGUGUGCAUCUCAACCUCCUGUUGAACUCCUAGGUACUUUGGAUCUGUGGAUGAUGGUGUGAGAAUCUCCAGCAAGGGCUUCUUGGUUCCACCUACACAAAACAAACUUGCAAAUUCUGCUGAAAAGUAUUUCAUUGUUUUUUCAACCACAUCUGCUCCUACACAACACUGCAUUUGUCAGCUGUAUUUCCAUAAUAUAAAGUCUUAUUUCCUCCUAGCUUUUUGUAUCUGACUAGUUGUUAUUUUAAUAGCCUCUAUUUCUGACGCAUAGGGCAAAAUUAAAAGUGACCAAUCUAGUUUUAUUCAUUGUAUUUAUAAGUGAUUACACCAUUUUGUUUUCUCAGUCGGUAUGGAAUGUGGCUGGAAUUUACAAUAGCACUGAGCAUCAUCCUAACUGUUUAUUUGGCUGUUAGAAUUAGACUGAAGCUGAGUGCUUAGACUAGCUCAGCCCAAGAGUCUGCUGUGAUGUUAUUAAAACUUUUUACUCCACAACAGUCUGUACAGCUUGUAGUGAUCUAGACAAUUGUAGAGACAAUAGCGGCUUUAAAAGUUUAGGGUAAGGAAGCAAAAGCCAUUUGCUAGUGAAGGCAAGAGUGCUACUGUGAUAGGAGCAUGGAAAAUGAUCUACUUACAUGAGAAGGUUCAUUAUCAAAAUGAUCUUCAACUUUUAGCUAGUCUUUGUGAAGUUUCCUAUUACUCAGCCACUUUGCUUAGGAAUAGGAAAUUGCCAAAUACUGGGUGAGACCACUUCAGUUUUUAAAUGUCUUAAUUAAUUAUAUUGGAUGUGUAAUGCCUGAUAAGAUGCCGAUUAUUUAACCAGAACGCCCUGGCAAUUUUGUGCAGACUGCUUGUCAAGAGCAUUAUUUACUUUGCUGAGUCAAAGCACAAGGCUGAGUGUGUCAGAACCAAAGUUCAUUGUGGAGCUGUAACCUGCCUCUUGUAUGUGGGGUGGACUCCAAUUAGACCAUCCCAAGUUACUCAUCCUUUUGUCCCCUCACUCGAAGGACCUAAAAGUUACACCACCUGCCAAAGUUAUGAGCAACUGAAUAUAAUGAAGGGAAUUAAUACAAGUAUCACUGUUAUCUCUACUAAAAUAUCACUAGCUUACAGUAAAAACCUGAAGGGAAGUUAAUCAAGAAAUAAAGACGUGUGCUGCAUGAAUCAUUGCUGAUUUCACAUUGCUGUAAAAGUGAAGAUGUAAAUUGUUUACGUGCAACUAUCAAUUCUAAGACUUUGAAAACCAACUAAAAUAGAAAAUUACUUUUUCCUGGUCUUACAUGUCAUUGGGAAAAAUAAAAGGUACUUAAGUCCCAUUUUCUUAAAGGCAUUAUAGAAUUUUACGUCUUAUUCUAGAUUAGGAAAGUGGUUUGCUCUGAUGUGUAAUUAUCAAAUCAAAUCAUGCAAUAUUUAGUAACUAGAUCACACCCAACUUAUUUUAAAACAGAUUAUUUAAAAACAUACCAUGUAGUUAGUAUAGCUUGGAAACAGAAGUUAUAUUUAAAAAGAAGGAGGAACUUUUCUGCUUCUCUUUGGAUGUUCGAAUGACUUUCUGGGUAUGUAAAGGCUUUGUUUUCCUCAAUUUUCUUUCUAUUUCCCCUUUCUUUUUGAUAUCAGUCUUUCUUGUCUCUAGGAAAACCCAAGAAAAACCUGGACAUGAAAUAAGCCAGAGCAUUGGACUCACAUAUCUAAAACAAAAAAUUGUAGCAGGGGCAGGAGAAUAAGAAAAGGAGAUUUUUAAAAUAAACUGUAUUUGUGUAGAUUUUUCAUCCUUUUGCUUCAGAGGUUAUGUACAGCAGCAUGGAAGAUGGAGCCUAUUUCUUCUCUUUUGUCUGACUUCUGCCUGGCAGCUCCUCAUGCAGGCACCCAGAAUCCAGUCCAGGUGGGUUCAGCUCAGUGCUGAUGGUAGUACUGCCCUCCUGCUCCAAUGAUGGCUGUAAGGAAAUGGAGAUAGAUGGCAGUUCUGUGAGAGUUGUUAGAGGAACACAGAGCACUUGGGAACUCAAGUGGUUGCCCUUUGAAUCAUUGGAAUCGUAGUACAUGUGUGAGGACACUGGUAUCACUCUGUGUUGCAUGGAGUUUUGGCUUUUUAAUUCUUCUGAAAUUGCUUAUGCUUCCUCUGGACAUUGUCCUUCAAUAGUAAUAGAACUUUUAUGACUAGUCAUGAAACAGUAAAAAUUGUAAAACCCAGCCUAGAGCUGAUACAGUUGUGUCAUCAUAAAUGUAUUCAGAGCAUACUCAUACACACAGAGGGAAAUGAGCUACACUGGCACUUGGCAGUGCUAGAUUAGCAGUUGGACUUGAUGGCCUCUAAGAUGUUUUCUGGCCUAAAUGGUUCAGUGAUUGGUGCCUAAAUAGUGUAUGCUGAGAUCUGCAUAGAAGGCCAUUGUUUCUUUCUGUAGUCUUCACGUCCCAACUAGCUGGUGUAUGUCUUGGGUACUGUACUGUGUGAUGUAUAUUAUAAUGAGUUGUUUCAAUGGCCACUGGGUUCGUUUGCAUCAACUUCAGCCUAGAUGGAACAAGAGCUGUGAACAUUCAGAGACAUGGACUGCAGUGCAGGCUAGACAAGCCCUCUGAGGACUGAAGAUGCCAUGUUGGUCUGUUUUCCUUGUUGCUCUUAUAAUAAGGAGGUGCACAUGUCCCCAGCCUAAAUAAUCUCACUAGAUGGUGUGAGCUAUUUAGCCCUCAAAGGGGAAAAUAAUUCUUUGUUCCCCAUCUCCCAGCUCCUUUUCUCAGGAGAUCCUGUCUUAGUUACCAUGGUUAUGUAAACUGGUGGUACAGUCUUCCCAGCCUUCAUUCAUACACCUACUAACAUCUGCACCAGUGCAGCUUUCAAAUAUAGGCCUGGCUUGUGCUGGAUCUGGCUAAAUCUGGAGCUGUUUUACACAUUUCUUUGACACAUUAAUUUUGGCUGGUUGUUCUACCUUUUUGAGCAGAUGUAACAUUUCAUAACUUGUCACUGAAUUUUUAUCCUUCCAUUCAUGAUGGUGACAACCAGAAAUCUGAUUGUGAACCACCAAUGUGAAGCAUAUAAAGCAGCUUGGGAAUUUCAAGAAAUCUGUUUCUCAGCACCCCUCCCUUGAACAUUGGGUGGUGUACUACGUGUGAGAUUACAUAGAGACCUGGAGCAGGUAGGUCAAUUCCAUACAGUUCAGCAGCAAAGGAAUUUGCGUUGCAAAAGAAUUUAUACAUCUUAUUCUUCAGUGGCACUCAAGCCUAAUUGCACUUGAUUUGACACUAACUGGCUAAUUAAGGAAUCUUUCUUUAGGCUUCAAUGGACAUUAGAUCAGAGCUGCUGAGACCAAGGGCUCUGAACCACUGGGUUAGGUGUAUUACCAUCAUAACUGAGGUAGGAAGCUCUGGAAAACUAGGACCAGCUCUGUAGUAUCAGUAUUUAUCUAAACAUUAAGAGAUAAAGACACUGCGAACGUCACACUGUUCCCACUUACUUGACCAUGUAAUGUGUGGAGAAAGUGGAGAGUAGACAGGCUACUGGAUGUCAGCUGAGCCACCAAAACCACAGGGGGAACAGAAAAAGAUAAGUGUAUUUGCAAAUUUAAAUAUACAGAGAGGCAUUGAAGUAGGAGUUCUUACACUGUUUUGGAUAAGCUGUUGGUCUUUUGUGACAUUUGGAUAUGAAAUACAUUUUUUCUGUCUUUACCUAUAAAAGAAAGCCACAAUAGUAAUGAGAGGAUUAGCAAAUGUUUUUGUUGAGAGUGUUGCUGUGGCUGUGAUUUUUCCAGAGCCAUGUCAGAUCUUCUCAAGUAUGAAUGGCAUCAAGGUUUUUAUUGCUCUUAUUAUUUAAUUGUAUUCUUACAGUAUUCAAAGGACUCAACCAGCACAAGAGGCUAUUGUACUGGUUGGAACUGUGGCUUGGAACUGUGCAAACACUCCAGACAAAAUAGUCUCUAAAAAUUUCUGAGUUUAACGCAACAAGACGGGUAAAACGUGCAUUCAGGCAACUCCAUAAUACCUUGCUGUUAGGCAUUUAGGUGGGGUCAUAACAAGAAUUUUUGUCACCUUUCCCUUCCUCCUCCUUUAAUGCAGCUUCUGUCCUCCUCCUGACACCCUUCCCAGCCAGCUGCUAUUGCAGUUUUGCAAGCCCUUGUUCUGGCACUGCCCCUGUAGGGCAGCCCAGGCUGGGCACUCUGCAGGGUGCAGGCAUGGUCCCAUAUCCACAUGAGUUAUUUCACAAGAGUCCUCAUACAUUUUCACUGAAAAGAGUGAGACAGUUGCUGAAGACUCUGGAAAAUGGUGUGAAGGUUCCAAGUCUUUUCCCACACAGCAUUUGUUUCUUUUGGAAGUCCACAUGCAAUUCUCUGCACUUAGCUGCUGCACAGCUUGAUGUCUUCUCUGUACAAGAACAUGCACUGCCAGCUGCUGGGGCUGCAAAUCCUGCUUCCAAGAAAUAGCUGCAACACAGACCACUUUCCAUCACUGAACAUGGUUCACAGUUCUUCUUGGUACCUGUCUUUCUCUCUGGCUUUGUACUUUGUUCACUCUUAAAAACUUUGCUCCUAUCCUAGUGGCUCUCAAAGGGACGAGGAGAAAAUUGCUGUUGGUGGAGCAAGACAUUACCCAGACCUGCCAGCCUGCCUGCCAUACUAUUUUGGAUGCCAAGUUGACAGCAAGAAUGAAUUUAUGCCAUGAGAUUGAAAAGGAAGUGUAUCAUUCAGCUGUUUGGACCAGCAGAUGGCAAAUGUAAAGGAAAAAAAAAUCAAUCUAAGAGCCAAUUCAGAGAACAGACAUUAAAUAAAACCAUCUGGCAAACAUAUGAAGGGAGAGAAGAUGAUGAGACCAAGUUCUGCUUUAAAUAUCUGCUCACAUUGAGAGGAAGUUGGUGGGAACUCAUACCAUGGGAGAGCAGGCUUUGAGCCUAUAAGGAGUCCUGUGGCAGUGUUGAGGACUUAAAAGGACUCAAAAUUAUCAAGCCUAAGUAGCAGCAUUCCUGCCUGUGUGUGGUCCUGGUGAUACUCCACACAGAACAGUGAAUACAGAACUGCUUGAUUCCCCAUGAUGGGAUUGAAAAGACCCACACCUAGGAACCUUGUUUGUAGAAAGGGACUAGAAAGAUAAGCAUGGAAGUAAGCAAAGAGGGUAAUCUAAUAUUAGUUGUGGAUGCCUCAUCCCUGGAGGUGUUCAAGGGCAGGUUGGAUGGGGCUUUGAGCAGCCUGAUCUAGUGGAAGGGAAGAUGCCCCUGCCCAUGGCAGAGGGGUUGGAACUAGAUGAUCUUUAGAGUCCCUUCUAACCCAAACCAUUCUAUGCUUCUAUGAUAUCACAAAUUCUGAAGGACCUUGAUAAAUCUAUUUUUAUGCCAAUACCAUGGCAUUUUGUUACUUUGCCCUACUACAUUAAUUUCUGGAGAAGAAAGAUGUGUGUGGUUUUGCACUUAGGCUUUUACGUCAAAUUUCUAAAGAGAAACAUAGUCCAUUGAAAAGGGAAUUGGUAUCUUACAUAAGUGCCCAGCCUUUCUUUUGGAAACUUGCUCUAAGGGAAUGUGAUUUCAGAGCCCAGAAGUCUAGCAGAUGUUAUUACUAUUUCUGUUUUACAGGUCAAUGCUUUUGGUUUUUAUGCUCUGAGAAAUGCCUACAGCUGCUAGCCUGUCUUUUAUGUUAUAAAAACAAGUCAAUUCUGUAUCAUAUUCUUAAUAUAUACAUGAUAUUUUCUUUUUCUGGUAAAAUGGGGAUACUAUUGAACGUUGCAAAAACAUCUAGUAACCAAGAGUUUUGUUAGCAGACUGUGUCAUCUUAUUUCUCUGAAGGGCAACAGUGGAUAAUUGUGCAGUGAAUUUUGUCCUUGAUAUCCAGACCUAUGGCAUUAAACAGAACAAAUAAUCCCACCACUUAACUGAAAUAAAAGGAAAAUAUUUCAGUAUUGUAACCUAAGUUUUUAAUGCCUUUGUUGAUAAUAAGGUUCACAUGAGUGAUGAUGUCGUGGCAGUAUUUUGUGCAUUAACUGUUGUUUUCAGAUAUUUACAUGGGAAAAGUUGCCAACUCUCAGUAAACAAAAUUUUCAAAUAUUUAUUUGCUUUCCAUUUCAUCUGUGUUGUUACUGAUUAGUUGCUGUAUCUGAGAAAGUUUUCUUUAGUUUCCUUCUGUGUCUAAUAGCCAGACUAACAAAAAGGCAGUAUUUCUGUCCCUCUGCUCAGAUGAAUAAUUCAUUGCCCUGCAUUUUCUUGUGUCAAGUAAAUUUCAACUCUUGGUUUUGUAAAGAUGGUUUGCGAGGGGUCCUGGACACACAGAAAUUAUUUGCUGCCUUCAGGCAUGUCAUUAUCUUUCCUGAGAGGGAAGUAACAGUUUAUUUCUGUUAAAUUUUGGUUAAAGAAUUUACUAUGCUGAGUGUUAGAGGGAUGGUAUCCUUUAAUUGAAGUUGGAGUUUGGCAGGUUUUUUCAGUGCUGUUCUGCUGCUAUUCUCCCCAGCUCAGUUGAACAAUGGGCUGGAGAGAUGCUGGCAGUGUUGCUUGGUUACAGUUCAUCAGCGUGAAUCAAUGCUUCACGCAGCUCCUUCUGCGGCUGAACAACGCGGAGACUUCUCGGCACUGUGUCACUGAUGUGAGCGGAGAUGUGAGCAGAUUAGGGACCAUCUCAAUUACUGUAAUACACACCUUUGCAGAGGGAUUUGGACAGCUGUGUUUGACUUUCAGUGAUUGAAGUCAGGCAAUUUAGAGCUGUCUGUUUUAUAUGGCCUUACAAGUAUAUAGCCAAAUAAAGUGAAAUUUUUACAAUGUGUUUUGUUGCAAGGUGUGUUUGACAAGUUUGGCACUUUGGCAUCCUUCUGUAAUCAUCAGGGAGAUUAAAUCCUGCAUUAAGUAUGUUCCUCUGGAAUAGACAAGCCAUUUGCUGAAGCUUGCCUGCAGGCAAAGUGAAACAUGUAAGAGGAACUGCUACCUUCCUCUUAUUGCAUUUACCCGAGUCUUAAGCUGGCAUAAAAUGAAGCUGGUGGAGUUAUGCCAGUUUAGACAAUAGGAAGAUGUGACAGGUUAUUUUUAACACUAUGGAGUGAAUUUUCUCUACCCUACUUAAAUCCUUUUUACUACUUACCUGUUCUUGCUGUUCAAGACAUGACCGGAAGAAAUGUUAGAAGAGAGGAGAGGUCUCCAGUUUGUGCUAUCCAUGGAAUCAGCCUUUCCAAUAGCAUUGUUUCCAUCUACAUCCUUUUUCUAGCUUUUAUAUGAAUCCUGAAAUGAUUUGCUUCUUCCUCUCUCUUUAGGGCUCAGCAGUUCUCCCUUUCUUCUCAAAUCUACCAUACUUGUGUUUUUUUUUCUCUUUGCCUCUGUUAACAGCCUCACUAGUAAAAGCUUAUAUUUGCCACACCUUUGAUCUUGCCAAAGCUUUCUCUGUUUUCUCUAAUAUCUUCUAUUUAAUGCAGCUUGUUGCAUGGCUGAACAUUAAGGCCAUUUGGAAGAAUCUGUAGGAAAAAUUGCUCUGAAGUGCCAUGCACUUCACUUGGUUUGCAAAAGCUGAAUCUAUAGUAAAAAAAUUAGUUUAGAGCUAUCUAAAACACGAAUAUUUCUGUGAGUAGAUUCUCUGCACUAUUUUUCCUCCUGGUGAUGGUAUCUGUAAGAUGGCCUUUCAUCAGAAGAUUGUUUCAGAGUACCUGCACUGCUUAAAAAUCUGUUGCACUGCACAGAGCUGUGAUUUCUGAUUUGUGCUGUGUUGUUACAUGAUCAAUUUUUCUUUAGCAGCAGGUGAGUAUAUAUUUAUUAUCUUAAAUUUUCAGUAUGUUUCCUCCAAAUGCCUAUUGGUUAUCUACAGGGAUCUUUAUAUUUUGAGUCUAUUUAAAACCUGGAUUAAUUUAACCCUGCUGAAUUCAGACAGUGGCAUUUGUAACUAUGAUGUCUGGAAAUUUAAGUGCUUAUGGGAUAGGACUUAACUCUGACCUCUUCCUGUUUCUGCAAUAAAAUGAGAAAGGGAAAUGAACAAAAGAUCUAGAAUUUUUCUAUCAAUAUUAUGAGUUUCGGCUUCUGUUCAGAAAGGUACUUGAAGCACCAUAAUACUCAUCUUGUUUUGGGCAGCUAUAUUUGCUGCAGGGAUAGACUGAUUCCUUGGUUAAAUAGGGACAUUUAUGGGGAGGGAAAAAUCUGAAGCAUAUCUAAGAGACUGCUUCCUGACCUCAGGACUGUGCUUAACACAGAUUUAUCGGGCGACUGAAGCUGGCUACAGUGAAAGGAGAGCCUUUUUGGGGAUACACUGCAUGCAUUAGGAGUAAGCAUUAGGUGUGCCAUUGCACAUUUGAGCGGGGCUGGUGUUCUGCAAAGACACUUGUGUGCCUUUCCCUUCCAUUAAAGUAUUGCUUUGUUUCUACCACCUAGAAGGCUAUUGUGGAGUAAUUCCUAUUAAGAUCAUAGCUGGACUUCUCUAGACAUGAUAGGCCAUUUCUCCAGUCCCUGAGACCCUUCUUUAGGAGAGCAGUUGCCUGCGUGGUGGUUGGGUGGUAGGGACACUCUCUGCAGAGCCAGGUACACCCACUGCAAACUCAUGCAGAGAUAUGAAAGCUACUGCCCUGGCUGAGCCGGAGUCCUCACAGAUAUUCCUGUCUGGGACUGGCAGAAUCUACUUGAGCAAUGAGGGAGCUGCUCACGUGUGAGAAUGUGCUCAGAUGUGAUGGAGAAGCAGCCGGCUGGAAUGAAAGGACUUGUUUCUGCACUGAUACCCCUCAGCCCUCCCAGCCUCAUGGGCCCGUCCAGCCUAUGGGAGCCUUGCCAUAUGUGGUGUGCACAGCGCUGCUUUCAUGACAUUUUUGCCAAGAUGUUCCUUGGAGCCAGUAGAAAGCAGACACGCAUCUUUCCCAGAUAAUUGAGUCUUUGACAUUCGUGUUAAUGCUGCAUAUGAGGAGGCAUUAUUUCCUUUUGCUAUAAGAGAUGAUAGGGCUGGGUAUACCUCAUCCAAGGGACUCAGAGGCACUUUAGCUCUUCAGGUCUGGCUCAGCAUUUACUUUUCAUCUUUUAGAAAAUACAUCCUGAGGAAUUUGCAAGCUAAAAAGAGUAAUUAAUACAAUGGCAUGGCAAUAACUUAAAAUAUUUACAUGGCCAGGAAAUGUAGAGUUCUUGUGUCAUCAUCAACUUCCCUGAUUUGCUUCCUUUCAAUUUUCUAUGUUGAGUUUGGCUUUAGAUUAUGCUUCAUAGUAGUGUGUAUGGGAUAACAUUUUUUUUUUGUUUUCAUAUACUUAAUAUUCUCUCAUUGCAUUUGUUAAUGUUGAGGCUGUGCACAUGGUGGGUGGUUUCUUUCUUGCUUUAUUUAAUGACCAGAUUUGAAAUAGAUCUUGUUUUAAGGUUAAAAACUUUCUGGUUUCAUUAGCAUAAAGAGCAGAAAAUGUCACCCUCAAUUUUUGUAUGUGCGCUUCCUACUUUCACAACAGGUGCCUUUUUAUCAUAAAAAUAGCUCAGCAGCUGUCCCUUUGUCCUGGGUGCUACCAGUGGCCAGGAGUAACUUUUGGCAUGGCCCUCCCUUUCCAGGAAGGACCCAGCUAAGCUUCCUGAGUAACAUCAGCCUCUGCUAAGAAUUCAGGUCAGGAUCUCCCUGCUUGUUACCUAGCAACUGGGGGAUACUGGUACUUUUUCCUCUGACCGACUCCUUCCGCGUUAGAUCCAGGGAUCAUUGGGGAAGGAUCAGGGCAGUGCUCAUAACUCAUGCUUUGGGAAGGCAGAGUAGCCCCAUGCUGGCUAUCUGAUGAGAUGUAGGAUGCACUGUACAAGUCAAACAGAAUUGAGACUUUCAGAAUUCUCUGCGUAAACUUGAAAGUGCCUCUGCUGGUUUUGCUACCACUUAAAUGUCUGGCAAGGUGACAGAUCCCUUCUGAAACACCAGUAGCCUUUUGUGGUGUGUUGAAUCUGACAAACAGGAACCUACGCAGGUGCACGACAUGCAGUUCUGGGACUAUUGACCUGCCUUUGUACUUAUUAAAGUUUCAUUGCAUGUGAUUGCCACAUGAGUUCCUCAAGGACAAUGGACCCUAAGAUGAGAGAAGCUGAAGGAGAUGGAGAGGACAAUUCAGGGAAGAAAAAAUCUAAGUUCAAAUCUUUCAAAAAGUUUUUUGGUAAAAAGAAAAGAAAAGAGACAUCAUCUUCUGUGAGCAGCAGUCUGAAGUUGUGCCAGUCAACAAAUGAUGUCGCAGCCUCUCGUGACAUGCGCACUAGUUAUGAUUCUGAAGAUGAACUUGAGACACAUAAAGGCAUUAUGGGAAGCAGAGCUCUGUCGCAUGACAGCAUUUUCAUCCUUGAGACUGGGCAAGAGCCUGCAAGGCCAGUAAGAGUGUUUUCUCAAGAAAACAUUUCUGAUCGGAUUCGAGCUUUACAGCUGAAACUCCAGCCUACCAUGAAAUUGGGACCUCCACCUCCCUUUGGACUUCAUGCCAAGCGAGCAGAGGAUGCCGGGACCAGUUCUGAAGAUGAUGGAUUACCCAGGAGCCCUCCAGAAAUGUCUUUGCUUCAUGAAAGCCUAAGCUCAGGCAUGAGAACAAGAUUCUCUGACUCUCACAAGCACCUUAGCUCUUUGAGUUUAGCUGGAACAGGCAGUGAAGAAGAAGAACAGAUUACAUUGGGUUCUUCUAGAUCUCGCUCUACAGACGGUCAGCUGUUCAUUAGGCAUGGAAGUAGCAAAACUGGGUCUCCCCGGACAUCUGACAGUACCAUCUCCCCUACAGCCAAUUUUGACACUCCACCUGAGCUUUCUGCUUUCUUGGAUAAUUCUGCUGCUAAGCAUAAGCUUUUAAUAAAACCCCGGAACCAGAGAUCCAGUAGAAUGAGAAAAUUUUCUCAGAGGACUCAGUCUGAAUCUCUGACUGAUUUGAGCUGUACCCCAGAGGAAGAAGAAGAGGAUGAUGCUGUAUUCAAACCCAACAACCAAGAACUGCCAUGCAGCACAGCUGCAGCGCAGGAUGUGGCUUUCUGGCCAAAGCCCAGAAUGCCUGAGGACCUCCCCCCUGCUCUGAGACCAGUAAUGACUCAGCCUGCUUCUGAGUCUGCUGAUGGACAGGAAACCCUGCUACCAGAGAAUAAGCCAGAGGACUGCCAACCAGCACUGGAAAUUACGUGUGAGACGUGUGAGGAGUCUGAGUCCUCAUUGCUGUCAGAAGGCAAAGACUCUACAACUUCUUCCUAUUCCAGUUCAGACAGAGAAGUACAAAAGCAAGAAGAUUCCUCAGAAACACUGGUUCUCUUGUCUGAGGAUGGGUCAAUCAAUAUUGUAAAUCAAGAAAAUAAGGAGCUUCCUACUGUGUUUCCAUUAAAUGAAUUAUCUUCCGAAGAAAAUAUUUCAAUUAGUAACAAUAGUAUUGUUUGCUUGGGAAAGUCGGAAGAAAAUAAACAGAAGGAGGAUCAGCUACCUGUGGAAAUGCCCUGUAAUGAAGGGGCAGACAAAGAGUUUACUCUAUUGUCAGAGUCCAGCAAGGAGUGUUUCAUGGGUUCUUCCCAGCCCACAGACUUAUUCCAUGUUUCACAUCCUGCUUCCUCGAUGCAGGUGGUAUCAUCUACUUUCUGCUCUCUAGAGAAAACUGCACAGGAGGGAACUGCUUCUGAUAAGGAGAACAGUCAGUCACUGGUCCACAAGGAGGAACAGUUGGGGAAGAAAGCUGAAAAAGCAGUCAGUGAACUAAAUGCCUUCAAAAAGUUUUCUGUUUCUUCUGCACGGGAGAGACCAAGCACCAGAAGCCUGUAUUUCCCAGAAAGAUCGGAGUUGGAAAGCCCAUUAAAUACUGGAUUCUUCCUGUCCAAAGCAAAGGUCUCCUCAAGAAAUGAGAAGUGGCAAGAUGACUUCCAGAAGGGAAGACAUCUGGAUGAGGAAAAAAGUAGCAGCAAAAAGGAGACCUUGCUGUCAGAGCCCAACUCUGAGAACACAGGCCAGCCUACAGAAAGUUUGGCUGGUUAUGUUUCCCCAGCUGUUGAUGCAGUGCCGAUGCCAAGCAAUUCUUCAGUGGUAUCUCAGAAUCAGUCAAGUUGUAAAGAUAAAAGUCCUUUUCAAGUGAAGCUUAGAUCCACCUCACUGUCCUUGAAAUAUGAAGACAACUCACCACCAGAAUCAAAAGGGAUUAAAAGAUACAGUGCAGAAUUUAAUUUAGAAAAUGAGGGAUUGCCUUCCUUUCUAAGAGGUGAUAAGGCAGAGAUCAGAAAAACAGCCAAUACAAAUACUCGUGAUUCUUUAAAUGAGAAGAUCAAACCCAAAGCAAAGUCCUCUGAGCAGCUUAGUUGCAAACCUCCAUUGCCGAAAAAGCCAGUGUUGCAAAGCAUAACCAUUCCAAACACUACUGCGAGCAAGGAGAAGCAGAACAAAGCUAUUCACUCUCCUGAAUCCAAAAAUGAAGACCGAGACUUGGAGAAACAGUCAACUGCUUGUAAAGUGCCUGAGAAAAGCGUGCCUUCCCCCAUGGCUGCAGGAGACUCUGGAAGAGAUCCUGACACCCCUACAGAGCCAGCCUGGAUUUCCAUUGCAAGGCAAAAGCAGAGGGGCAUGCAUCAGGAAAAGGAACUUGACAGAGAAAAGCUCGUGGCUCCAGAUAAUAAGUCAAAUACAGAGAAACAGAAUAAAGGAAAGGAACAAACAGAGGGGCCAGUGAAACAACAAUGGAGUAAACCUUCAUACUUGGCACCUAAAACCACUUCUGAAGAGCAGAGGAAAGACACCAAGUCUGAAGCGAAGCCCCUGCUGAGAACCAAUUCAUUGUCACAUUGUGUCCCUGUAGCUCCAUCACCUGCACUGGUGGAUAAGGAGGAAAUAAGCCACUUGAAGAAAGCCAGUAAUGCUGCUCCCAGUCAGCCAUCGUGGAUGGAGCUGGCCAAAAAGAAGUCUCAAGCUUGGAGUGAUAUGCCGCAGAUUAUAAAAUAGAACGAUGCAAACAAGGAGCAUCUUUCAUAUUUAAGUCAUCCACUUGACUGAACUCCUACAGACCAGCAAAUCACAGUGAAGAAUUUCUUGAUACAGAAGGGUUUUAUUAUGCAGCUGUGGAGAAAGUGUGCAAUAGGUGCAGUCAAAAAGUUUACCUUUAAUUUUGUAGCAAUCAGAAUUGCAAUGGCAAUGGAUUACUUAAAUUAUGCUAAGGACAUACUUACACUUUGGAAAAUAAAACUUUUGCCUUAUGUAUUUCCUGCAUUUUCUGCUUUUACUGAUGUUUGUAUCCAAACAGGAUCUUUGCUAAACUUCGCUGAACUUCUGUUGUUGCUGGAAAAUUCUAUUUGUUAUGGUUUUCUCUGUUUACAGUCAUAAAUUGUGCACUUACAUCCUGAUUCUCUUGACAUGUUUCACUGGAAUCACGUGACACACUUUCUACCAAAUCUGUUAGGCCAUGGAGGUAUUUCUGAAUAGCUGGUAGUGAGUGCUCCCCUAAAAUGUGUUGCUUGAACUUCAAGUUUGCCUAGCUAAGCCAGUGGUACAGUUUUUGGGGUUAGGUUGCAUUUUGGGAGGCACAAAUGUGCACAUUUAUGUGUGAACAUGAAAAAAAAUUCUAAUUUCUUUCUGUGAGCAACCUGGGUUGCACAGUGUUUUCAAGCAGGCAAACAGUAAGGAAGUGGAACUGCAGUUGGAAGCUCAUCAAUACAUUCACAGUUGCUUUCCUACCUGGAUUCAUCUGGCUGCAACUGGCUUUUCUUCCUGUGAAACCUCAUGCCCAGUCAGGAGGAUGGUACUGGUAACAAUGGUCAAUAUGAAUUUAAUUAAAAAUUAAGAUCUGAAAAUACUGGAGCUAAAGUUCAAACUGAAAUGCCGGGGAAAACUGUGAAUUUCAUCACAGUGCCAGCUUCACAUAUCACCCCCCACAUAAUCUUAAUUCCUCUCAUUAAAAACCAGUAACAUACAGAUGGCAUGUCUGUACUUGACUGCCUUUACGUAACAUCCUCGUGCUCAUUGGCCUGAGCCUCCCCCAGUUUGUGACUCCCACUCAUGAAGUCUCCUUGGCUCUUCACCUUCGCUUGUUUAACAAGAUUGACAAGAUAAAUCAUUUACUGCUGAUUGACUGAAACUACUCUGAACAUAUUUUAAGACUUCCCUAUGAGUUACAGAAGCAAAGGACAAAUCCCCACUGCUAAGACAAGCAUUUCAUUUUGUGCAUUUUUCAUAUGCAUGGGUGAAGUACUACCUGAGCACUGCAAUCACUAGGUUUAUUUAUGUUUAUAUUAGUGGUUUUAUUUUUAUUAUCACGUUACAUUCUCUUUGGGAAAAUGGGGGGAGACUUUAGGAAACAGGAUUUUCUAGCACUUGUGUUAGCAAUUUUGAAAUCUUGUCUUCUCUACAGAGGCAGGAAGGAAAAGCUGAACCCUCUUGGUAAAGACAACUGCAUUUAAUAAUGAAUAAAGAAAUAGAGAGUUGAGCACGUGAGUAUCCAAGACACUGUAAAGGCUUUCAGUCAGGUUGUCUUUCAUUGUUAAAAACAGGAGGAGGAAAAGCUAGUUUUAUGUUUGCAGAGCCUUGGGACAGAGCCAGUGAGUCUGCAUUGCUGUCGGGCUCAGUCUGCAUGGCUGCUGGGGUCCCAGACCUGCUGCAGCCCAUGCAGAGCUGUCAGCAGCCCUGACCCAAACAGGGUUCUGCCAGCUGUCCCGGGGUUUUCUCCUUCCUGCAGAUGGCAAAGGCAGUGUGAGAUACCUGCUGAAAUCACAAGUGGCAAGACAGCUCUGUCAAACACAUCCACACCAGAAAUGGUAACUUAAUUACAGGACAUGCAGCCUUGGGCUAAAUUGCCCGAAGGUUGGUUGUGCAAAAAACUUUCACACUUCUCCCCCAUGAGCAAGCAUGCACAGUCCUUAAUCUCAAGUGAUGUUUUUUUGCUUUUGGUAUUAAUAUUCUAGGACCUACACUAGAAAUAGACACAUUUUUGAGAUACAUUAAAACCAUCUUAACUCCCUCUCUUUUCAAAACGCCCUUUCUGAAAUAAAUAACUAAUUAGCAAAAAGUGUAAUGUUAAGAUAUGCUAUUACCUUUUGUAGCAGUCUUGAAAAAAAACAAGUUUCUCUAUUUAAGGAAUAUAACAUAUAAAAAAAGGACCAAAUUUGUACCCUCUAAUUAUUGCCACUCCAUGAAAAGGUUUCCAGUAAAUGUAGUUAAAGGUACAUUCUGUCUUCUUACAAUUCCCUCCCUGUUAAAACAAUUAAAACUGCAAGAACUUUGCAAUCCUUGGUCUUCUUCAUAUUCUCCCACUACUGCGAUGGCCUUGGCCGUUUUGCUAGAGAAGCCACUUGGCUACUUGAGCCUCUGAUAUGAGAGCCAGGGGAAUUUUUAUUUUCUCAUAGUGUUGCUCUGUCUCCAGAUUUCUAAGACAAAGGCUCAUGCAAGUAGGACUUGCUACAGGUGUUCUGCAGCAGGUAGGCAGAAAACAGUUUUAGAACUCAUGUAUUUUUCUUUGGUGAAAUGGCUCUUUUGUGGAAAUAGAAAGAUGCAAAUAAAAAUAUAGUUCUCUCCCCUGUAUGAACAGUGAGUUAUGUUUCACACUCGAUGCCACCAGAAAGGCCUUUCAGACCUGAUCAGCUUUCCUAAGGACAUCAUUAUACUUUUCCAGCUGAGAGGCAAUAUGACUAACUCAGGCUGAUCCAUUUUGCUCAGGCAGCUGCAAUAUAUAUUGUUGGAAUAUAACAUCUAAUAGGGAAAUUAAAUGUAAAAAUUCACCUUUUGUUCAUGACUCAUGCACAUAAACUAACAGAGUUGGAAUUACAGUCAAAGAGCAACAACAAAAUGGACUUGAAAAAUAGAAGUUUCCUCUUCCAGAAGUGCUGCAUGAGACAUCUUUGCCUUUCUGUUUAAUGAGCAAGGUGCCUUCCCAGCAGUGAAAGGCUUCACAUAAUGCAAAUGAAAUCAUCUAUCAGGCGUCUUUCAGCACAAAAGCCCUAAAUUUGAUGAUUUAUGCAGUUUACUAGUUGGAUUACCCUAAUCAGCUACCUCCCAAUGUUUAGUAAUUUUAUGUAAAAAAAUGCACCUAGAUGAUUUGAAAUGGACAGUGAAGUGCAAUUUUUAAGGCCAAAAUAUCCCCUCAGUCUUUACUUUGAUAUGGUGUUUUUCACUGUGCUGCCUUUGACAAUAAAAACUGUUGCAUUUCUUUUCAAGAUGAAGAGGAACAUAAAAUCUUUUUCCAGUGAAAAAAUCCAGCAGCAGUGUAGCAAGCAGCUUGCUGUAAUUUUGCAAUGCUAUGAAUUCUGUCUUAGUCUCAAGGAGCACAAUAAACUUGCCAAAAUGUUUGCUUUGUAUACAUGAUGAGCCCUUUGCUGUGGGUAACAAAGGUUUAAGUAUAGGAUUUUGUGUUUGUGGUUAGAAGAUAACUUUGGUACUGUUACAGAGUCAAAAAAAAAAAAAA